GCAGCAUAAGCUUCAAUCAAUAAUGCAAUGUUUCUGAUAUCUACUAUCAAAGAGCCAUGUGGUGUUCACGAUUCAGCAUUGGUUGAAUUUUUCGAAGGUAAACCUCCUAUUCUUGCUUUAGCAAGACAGAAGUCUCUCGAUUUUUAUGGUAUUGAUCCUCAUACGUUUGAGCUAAACCAGUAUUCCUCCUUUGGCACGUCGUCCCCAAUAAAAAAGCUCAGCAUAUAUAGGCCGGAAGAGGAAGUGACAGACUGUAUCGUUGCCUUGUUUCAAGAUAACCUGGUUGCCUUCAUCAAAUAUAGUGAAACGAAGCAACGGCUUGUCGUAUUAGAUAAAUUUGUAUUUGAAAGCUCAUCACAAGAAAUUGGCCUGGAAACAAAAUCUACAAUGAUACGGGCGAAUGUAUCGAAUGAUCAUGGCAUUACCCAACCAUAUAUUAUAUUCCACACAUCCCAUAGUUUCGUAACACUUGUUGAUUUAAAUGCUCACUAUGAAACUUAUUGCCAAAGUUCUUCAGCUUCAGAUAGUAAGAAGAAACGCAAGCUCAAACAGUUUACCGAGUCAACCUCUGUAUCAUCUCUUGGAAACAUUGUCGUGCAAGAUAUGGCUACUUUCAAUGGGGUAGCAGAUUGUACCUUGGCGGUGCUCUACCGUGAUUUUCAAUUCAAUCACUCCUUAAGAUUUUACAGAAUUAAAAGCAAAUCGAUUGAAAUUUUAAAGCAACAUCAACCAUUCUCAGAACCCCCUAGUUUGCUUAUAAAGCCCAAAGUCGGUGGAAUUUUCGUCCUUAGUGAUAUUCACAUAUAUUACUUCAUUUCUGAAAGUGCUAGUAUUAUGUUUGAGUCUGAAGAUCCUGAACUUAUAAAACAAGAUGAUGCCAUUGUGAAGCGCCUCUAUGGUGAAGAUUUCACCGACUUCAUAGGGGAAUCCUGGUAUAGGUAUGAAGAAAUUGACGAUUCAAGGAUUCUUGUCAUCUCUGAGUCUGGUACCACAUGCCUUUUGCAUUUCGAUAUUGACUAUAAGAGUCUGCUGUCUCGAAAGAUUAGCGUCAAGUCGAUCAACCUUAUUUCUUUGGGAAAAACUACAUGCCCAACUUCUAUUAUUCAUGUCGAUUACGAUCUUUUUUUUGUUUCAUCGAGUUUUUCAAAUUCACUAUUAUUCACCAUAAGACCUUCCGAACCCCAUAUCAAUUUAAUGCUGUCAUUAAACUCAUCUCCUCCAAUCUUGGAUCUUAUCGCCUCAGCUAAAGCUUGCGAGGGUGGUCCUUAUGGUGGUGCAUUGACUUCGUUACAAAAGCCCUUCGUUAAGUUUCUUGAUUCGUCCAUAGUAAAUUAUAAAUGCAAACCCUCAGAACAAUCUCCUCACAUAAUUCUUUUAUCCCAUGACUCUGCUCUAUCGAGGUCAGAUUUGGCUGGAUCUCUGAGCUGGUCUCUCACUUUAGUAAAUUCCAUUAAUAUGAAGCCAACUGAUAAGAUACGGAUGGAGAGACCAACUGACGAACUCAUUGACAUACUUUACCUUGGAUCUGUUGAAGAUUAUAAUGAUUUAUUUGUGGUACUCAAGAAUGGCCCCGACUUUUUGAUGAUGAUUCAAAUAAAUGAUGGUAAGUUGAAUAAAGUUCCUCUAGAGUUGAGAUUCUCCCUUGAUGGAGAAGCUCAAUUUCAUGGAAUAUCACUCUUGGAAAUCGAUGCACCGACUUUUUAUCUAACAGGAAACUCCAAUUUUGCUAUCACGUUAUUAAAGAAUGAAAGUGGGUUUUACUGUGAAAGAGUAAUAGAAUCCUGGUGGAACUCUCCAACAUUCUCAAUUAGCUCAAAACCUUAUCUCGAGGGGGUAAUUGUAUGUGAUGCCGUGAAAGGUCUUUAUCACCAUUCUUUUAAUCUGAAAGGCUGGUGUAAUCCCCAGACACUAAUCCCCGAUACUUUAUUUCAUAAAAAUCACUUUAUAUCCACAUUCGAUAUAUUUGUUCAUCAUAACAGCUCGUACUUAAUUUACGGUGAUAUUUCAGGCAAAAUUGGGGUAAUUAAUUUAGAUAAUCCAGAACCGCAUCCAUUUGUCAACUUAAAUGAGCCAGUGAACACAAUCAAGGCUCUCAGAACUAGUUCCAAAACUGAAUCCAACAAGUAUGUAUCACCUAUUGCAAUUGUUGGGACAGCUUGCGGAGGAGUUUAUUCAAUAGGACUCUUUGAAGAGCCCAAAUUACAUCAAAAAUUACAUUCCAAGUCGCUCAAAGUUCGACAAAACUUGAUAGAAUUCAACAUCGAGACAAUUUCGGCUAAUAAUGAGGAGGAAGAGGAAACUCCAGGGAUACUUAAUCUCUUAGUAUAUGAACAAUUACAUACUGAGUUCUCUCGAAAAACCAGUAUACCUAAAUCCAGGAGACCGAGCAUUGACCCUGUAUUAUUAGAGGAGAUUUUAUCAGAGUCAACAAGAAUAACCAUGACAAACUGAUUUUACUUGCAU